AAACCUUCACUCCUCCGCUUUCUUUCCGCAGUUCGCUAGCUUCCAUGUCUCACGCCAGGGGUGCCUUCCCUCGGAUUUCCAUCCUUCCGCAGCCCGCCCGCCAGAUGUUCGCAUAGCCAAGAAACCAGCGGGCUAGCGCUUCGCCUUAUACGCCAAGGGCAGUAUCGCUAAGGAAGUGAAAGAGGGAGCGAGUCGUUAGCUCUAUUAUCAAUUAGCGUUAGGCUGCACGAGCAAGUGCACAUACGAUAGGCAUACGAUCGUUUACGAUCGUCACACGUGUGCGCGCGUCGCACACUACUCUUUUGCUGUCGCCUCUCUUCUGAAUCCACUCAUGGCGACAGCAUACGAAACCGGCGACAGCUCGCGCCACUCGCCAACCGGCGAAAAGCUCCUUCCGGUUACCACCCGCGCGUCAACCCCCCGUGCCGCGCCCGCGGAUCCAUGGAGGUUGCUACGAUGGGGGAAGUACUGCGGAAGCGGCGGGGGGGAGGUAACGCGCGUCGCGCUUCAUACGCUGCCGUUCGUCCUCCUCCUGGCGCUAAUCGCCGUCGCGUCUACCUUCGCCCGAGGCGGAUUCUCGCAACAGCCGUUUCGCCAGAGCCUCACAUUUCCGCUGUCGGUUUCUAAAAUGUCGUCCCCUUCCACCACCACCGCAACUCUCGCCGUGUUCUCUGCCGGCGAUCUUGCUGGGUUUGACGGCGCUUCCAGCAAGCUUGGAGAUCAGGAGGAAUCCGUGUUUGGCAGGUUCGCGGAUCCUGCGGCGGGCGGAGCGGUGUCCGCGGAAUCCCUGGAAUCCGCCCAGCGUGCGGAAGUGGCGGAAGCGGAGUCCGCGGAAGCGGGGGUGACGGAAAGUUCGACGCGAGAAGCGGUGAAGAAGGAGGGGUCCUUAUCUCUUAAACGAGACGAGAGCGUUGCGGAUGUGACAGUAGGGAAGGAGAAGGAGGAACGCACGGGCAGUCCAGGAAAGGGCAAGCAGGGGAAAGGGACGGAGAGGACUGCUAGACGCCCGAGUGAUACUAACGAAGGGGCGACUCGGGAGGCCGCCGCGGAUGGCGUGGCUCCGAUAGUGGAACUGGCCGUCGAACUGCCCUCGGAAUCUCCGGCGGGGAACGAAUCGACGGUUGGGGAAGCAUUCACCGGGGGGAAGGCAUCGGCGGUGGGGGAGGCAUCGGGUGGGGCGGCGGAAGACGAGCAGGCGAUGCGGGGAGAUGGCGGGCUUUCGUUGGUCGCUGUAACAGAGGGCGAUCUCCCGUCUCGUCUCGGCACGCUCUGUGCCGCGCCGUCAAUUGCGGCUGUUCUCGCGGCGAGAAACGCGGCGCAGCAGGCGCAGACGGAGCAGGGACAACUCGGGCAGCAUGCGCAACGAAUCGCGGUCCUCUGGAAGGGAGGGGAAGAGCUUUUUGGCGGGCUGCCCGGGAGAGGAGAGAUACGGGAAUGGUUGGCGAGAGAGGGGGCGGUGAAAGGGAAGAGGGGAGGGGGGCAGGAGGAGAAGGAGGAGGAGCGUGGCAAAGGAGAGCAGCAACAGCAGCAGCAGCAGCAGGUGUUGCUGCAAGGGGUGGUGGACUCGUGGCCCGAGUUAAAGCUGAGUGAUAAGGAGAGCGCCGAAAGCGAGAUGGGCGGCAUGACAGAAAUCGAGUUUGCACUCCCUCUGUGCGCCAGCAGCGCCAGCAUGCAGCCUCCUUCGUCGCUCAAGCUGUGGGCGCGCAGGGAGGUGGGGACAGUGGCGGCUGGCGGAAGCGGGAAGAUUGAACUGUCCCCCCACGACUCCUGCCUCGUGACAUCACUGAAAGCAGCCUGUCUGGGCGCCCUGCACCCCUCGCCAACCGUGGCGGCCAUCAUGCUCGCGCACCCCCCCUCCGCCCUCGCCGCCCUCCCCCGCUCCACCGCCGUCUACCUCGAGGCUGGCGCAGCAAGAGCAGGAGCCCACCCUGGUGCGGGCUGCCAGGAGGAUUCGCCCCGGAAUGCCACGCUGAGGUCUCUUGCUUGGAGGUACCUGCGAGCUGGAUCCCCUUCUGCCGCUUCCUCUUCUUCCUCCUCCUCCUCCCCCUCCUCCUCCUCCUCCUCCUCCUCUCCCUCAGAGCCCUCCCCACCGUCCGAUUUCACGAUCGCAGCAUAUGAGCCAUCAGAUGCAGAGUUCGUGGCAUCCACGUUCCACCCCCUCCGAGCCCCUCGGAUCCUCCCUGUGACCGCCCUCCGCCUGGCCUUCUGCUCCGCUCUAGACCUUUCUCCUGCUGCUGCUCCUGUUGUCCCUGCGCAAGCCAAGGCCGGUGCUGAAGCAGCAGCAGUAGCAGCAACGGCACAAGCUCAGUCUGAGAUGGAUAUUGACCUUAGUGUGAUGAAGGGGCGCGUGGAGAGCGGCGAGUGGAGCUGCUUGCAGCUGCAGAUGGCGGAGGCGUGGGUGCUGUCGGCAGCCCGCGGACUCAUCCACACACACGCGUCUCUGGAGGCUCGAUUCAUGGCCGCCCAGGCCACCGCCGGCACUGCGAGGCGGAUCCUGGCAGGGGCUACUGGCGGAGGUGCGGACGCAGAGGGAGCAGGUGGCGCAGCAGAGGGAGCAGAAGCAGCAGGCAGAAAGGAUAGUGGCAGCAUCAGAACUUCGUUUGUUGUGGAGCCAAGUGUGUGUGAGGCGCCUCCUGCGGAGUCGUUGAAGGGAGUCGCUCAGAGGUUCCUGCGCCAAUUCAUUGUGGAUGAGAGCCUCAAGACCAUCUACUGCUUCGUGCCCAAGGUUGCCUGCACGAGCUGGAAGACCUGGUUCCGGCAGCAGCAGCGGGGGCAGGGGCAGAAAAACAUUUCAGACGUGUACCUCACGCACGACCACUACAAGAGCGGUCUGCGCAUUCUCGCGUACCACUAUAACGAGUACGAGGUGAUCCGCCUGCUCACCCGCCCGGACUUCUUCAAAUUCUCAUUCAUCCGCAACCCAUACGCGCGGCUCGCCUCGGUGUAUUUCAACAAGCAUGUGAACGGGGGGCCGCCGUUCGGGCGGCAGUUCUGGAACAAUAUGUUUUUCCGGGGUAUUACCCCUUACCGGAGGCUGGUGGAGCAGCAGGGAGGGAAGGAUCUGUUUGGGUUCAGCGACUUUGCUUACCUGCUGCGGAGUGUGGAGGAGCGGUUACGCAGUUACAUGGAGUCGCAUGUGCAGCCACAGAUGGACGUGUGUCGCUUUGACGCCAUCAAGUUCGACUUCAUUGGUCGGUUCGAGAACCUCGAUGCUGACGUGGCGGAGGUUCUGCAUAGGCUGAAUAAGACAGACGCUUCUGGAGCAUUCUCCAUCGGGCUGAACGCCCAUAGGACCAAUGCGGAGGACAAGCUGGCUUCCUUGUAUGAUGAGAGAGCUUUUGAUGAUGCCUCACACCUAUACGCCUCCGAUUUCAACAUUCCGUUGAAUAAUAUUGCAUAUGAUGUACCAGAAGGGCUUGCUAGGAAAUUCCGGAUGACAGUUUCAGAGAGCUGAUAAUUUUGACAUGCUCUUUAUAACAUUUUGGUAUGCGUUUUGCUGUCCACAUCAGUUGAAUGCC